UUGGCUAACAUGUGUGAGGGCGAUGGGCCAUGGGACUCCUGAUAAUAUGAAUUGUGCCGGACUACUGCAGAAGCUGCUGAUUGUGGUUCACAUCAGGCAGAUCAUAUGUAGUUCUCUCCUGUUUUCCGUCCCAGAGGAACUGGAGCCUGACACUCUGGUUGGAUCACUUAGUAAAAACUUUUCUCCUCCAUAUCAGCUCCUGCCCCACAAGUACCUGAGGAUGGACAUAAACACGGGGAAUUUCUAUACCACUGAGUUAAAGAUGGAUCGCGAGGCCAUCUGCCCCUGCAGAGAAAAAAGCGAGGAAUGUGUUACUUUAUACAAUGCCAUCGUGGGGCCCUCAAAAGACCUUAUACAGUUUUCUGUGAUCAUAGAGGACAUCAAUGACAAUGCGCCGCAUUUUGAAAAUAACAAAAUACACCUUGGGGUGCCCGAGGAUACGACCGUGGGGACCAGUUUCCUGCUAGAUACUCAGGCUCUGGACAGUGACACCGGUCCUAAUGGAGAGGUGCAGUACCACCUAAAAGGCUCUGAUGGAGCUUUCGGUUUAAAAAUCGAAGAAGACAGCUCUUUAAUUAUGUUGGUUGUAGAAAGAACCCUGGAUAGGGAAACUCGGGACCUGUUUCAGAUGCAGCUAGUGGCCACAGACUGUGGUGUAGACCCUUUAAGUGUGUCUGCAGAUUUAAUAGUCACAGUGACAGAUGUCAACGACAACUGUCCAGCCUUUAGCUCUGAUAGCCCACACAGUGUCACCAUCCCAGGAGACUCUCGGAAGAACACAGUGGUCACUCAGGUUAGAGCCACAGAUCCAGAUUUAGGACCAAAUGGUGAUAUCGUUUACUCCCUCAGUCCCAAAGUCUCUGAGCAGGUCAAGACGCUCUUUAGCCUCAACAGUCUCACCGGGUCCAUCAGCCUUACACGGGACCUUGAGAGCGACAACUCAGAGGAGCUCGUGUUGAAAGUGUUAGCCAGCGGCCAUCACUGCCCUCCAGCAGACACUCAGGUAACCAUAUCCGUGCUCCCCAAGGCGAACCAAGAGCUGACGAUCAAGAUCGGGUUCAUAGCGGAGCAUCAAAACCAGACUAUGGUGUUACAAGAGAACCAGCACCCCACUGCCUUAGCCGUUUUAGAGCUCGAGGGUGACAGCAUCUUUAAAGACUUAUUUCUUGCCAUUGAAGGUGAAGUGCCUUUCACUUUGAGCCCACAGAAUGGCAAGUAUCUGCUUUCCACAUCAAAGCCCUUAGACUAUGAGAUGGAUCGUGAACAUCAUAUUUCCGUGGUAGCACGUGUGAGAUCAGCUGAGGGAUCUGUGAUCGUUCCUUCUAGACGUGUAGUCACGGUGCUGGUGGCAGACAUCAACGACAAUGCGCCAUAUUUUGUACAGCCUCACUACGAACUCCAAGUGGAAGAAAACAAUCAGCCAGGAAUGUCACUGCUUCAGAUCUCGGCUUCAGAUUUAGACAGCGGAGAAAACGGCAUGGUGACAUACAGGCUUGAAAACUACAAUCCAACCAUGUUUAGCAUUGAUUCUGUAACAGGUCAACUCUCUCUGCUGGUUCCUCUAGACAGGGAGCAACAGAAUGUACACAGACUCACUGUGUUUGCUCGGGACAGCGGCUCUCCUCCCUUGGAAUCCAUGGCCACUGUAUCCAUUCACGUUCGUGACCAGAAUGACAAUCCACCUGUUUUUCUUACCCCUCACUUCAUCUUUUUCAUUCCUGAGAAUGUUCCAACAUUAUCCCAGGUGGGGAAGGUGGAGGUGAAAGACCCAGAUAAAGGGGAGAAUGGGACAACAGAAUUGUAUGUUGUAAACAGCAGUGCACCUUUUGUUGUGGAUAACACCCAGGGGAUGCUACGCACCACUAGGAACUUGGACCGCGAGACAGAAGACCGCUAUGAACUCUACCUGCUGGCCAGUGAUCACGGCCAGACAGUUGCUUUGACUUCCACUGCCAGAGUGACCAUCUUUGUGGAAGACAUCAAUGACAACCAGCCAAAAGUGAUCCUUCCCGGCAGCAACUCCUCAUGCCUAACUGUCUCUCCAGGUACCCUGGCAGGUGCCACGGUAGGAAAGAUCUAUGCCAUCGAUGAGGACUCUGGACUGAAUUCAGAGAUUACUUACUCAGCUACAGCACCGGAGCUUUUGCAAAACAGAAGUCCCUUUCAGAUCGAUUCAAGGUCAGGGAACAUCACCUUAAGCCAACAGCUCCUUCAUACAGACCUGGGAAUGCAUCACCUGUUCAUUGUGGUCAGAGAUGGGGGUAAACCAGUUCCACUUUAUACCACUGUCUGGAUGAAUUUGUUGGUCAAUGACAGCACAGAGCCUUGCCACUUGGACCGGGUGCCCACCUGGACAGGGACACUAAACUUGGUUCAAACCCCUUCAAAGGAACCGAUCUGUGACGUGGAGACAGCCAGAUUUUCAAAAGUGAUUCUGUUAAUAGGCCUGGGUAUGAUGCUGGUGUCCACAUGCUUGUUUGUGGCCACAGUUAUUUGCUGCCUAAAACAGAGGAGUAGAAGUCUGAAAAUGAACAAGAGAGCAUACACUGAGGCGAAUGAGAUUCCACUCAGGCUCAAAGACAAAUAUUACUCUGAUUAAUAACAGCAAGCAAUGUGUAAAGCUCACAGUCUCAAAGAUAAAAAUGUCCUGUGAAUUAAAUGUAUUCUGUGUAUUUGUCAAGGGCUUCUUGCAUUGUAAUAAGUCAUUGAUUCAGUGUGAUGCACGGUGUAUUCAAACAUGUCGACUGCAAAACUGACAGGUUCUGUAGAAAUAAAGUUGAUCCAUUUUCUGAUAA